AUGGUAGAUGCGACCAAUAAUCCACUCUCUGGCUUGUGGAAAAAUACACAAGUCGAACAAGUAUAUUAUGGUCCAGACUGUGUGAACAAGCAUCUCGUCGAUACGCUUCCGUCUUCAUCCUCAAAAGCCUUCAUCAUCACGGGGUCAUCACUGGCAGAGAAGACACAAUUGGUAUCGCAGGUGGAGAAACUGCUUGGGGAGCGGCAUGCAGGUACAUUCUCGAAAAUCAAACAACAUGCACCAGUCGCAGAUCUCGAUAAAGCUACUGAACAGGUCCAGCAUGACUCUACCAUUGACACGAUUAUCUCGAUUGGAGGUGGGAGUCCCAUCGAUUCCGCAAAAGCAAUUUCCUACCGAUUGAACGAGAAGAGCCAAAAAUAUCUUUACCACAUAACCAUCCCAACCACGUUAUCCGCCGCGGAAUGUACCAUGAUGGCUGGUUACACCAACCUUGAAGGUAAAAAGGUUGGUGUAGCACACCCACGACUAGUACCAAAUGUCAUCUUUUACGAUGCCAAGUUCGCUCUCGAGACGCCAUCUCGUCUGUGGAUUUCCACUGGAAUACGAGCGCUAGAUCAUGCUGUGGAAACCAUGUAUCACCCAACCGCCAGCGAGUCACCUGCCAGACAGAUGGCGAUUAAUGCUGUUUCUGGACUGUUCACGCACCUUCCAAAGUACAAGGAAGAUUCUAAGAACAUAGACCACAUUACUAAUCUUCAACUUGCUUCGUACGGAUCCUUGGGGUUCAUCGGACUGAACCUAAAAGGCGGCCUGGGACUCUCGCAUUCUCUUGGGUAUGCAUUGGGCUCACCGUAUGGAAUCCCACACGGCAUCACUUCGUGUUUGACACUCGGCCACGUGGUCAAACUCAAAGCCGAGGAUCCCAAGAGUGCAGAGCAAUUGGCUCGCCUGCUUCCUUUUAUCGGGCAUGGUCGGACUGGUAACGACGAAGCCGAUGCAACGAAACUUGGAGAUGAGAUCCUUAACCUAGUGAACAAUCUUGGACUGGCUAGCAGACUGGGCGACCACAAGGUAGGCGAUGACCAGGCUCCUAUCGUCGCCAAGUUGGCCACAGGAUCUGAUAGCGGCGUUCUGUAUGACAAGGUCUUGCAGCUGGUCAAGACUUUGUAUUAA